UUCUCGCCCCACUCCCCAAACCCUAAACCCUAGCCGCCGCCGUCACAGCAGCAGCAGCAGCCAUGUACGCCGUCCUCCGUCGCGCGGCGCCUCUCCGGCGGCGCGCCGUGUCCAUCCUCGCGGCCGCGCUCCUCCAGCAGCAGCCGGCGGCGUUGGGGGCGGCCGCGCGGUUCCACUCGUCUCCGGCGUGGCUGGGGUUCCGGGAGACGAGCGCUGCCGGGGCGGCGGCGCGCCCGGAGUUCGCGGCCGAGGAGGGGUUCUUCGAGGAGGGGAAGAGAGCGAGCGGUGGAGCUGGCGGCGCCGGGGAGGAGGGGCUGGACGUGGCCAAGCUGGGGAUCUCGUCCAAGAUCGUGCAGAGGCUCGCUGCAAAGGGCAUCACCAAGCUGUUCCCUAUCCAGAGAGCGGUUCUUGAGCCAGUGAUGCAGGGAAGGGACAUGGUUGGUCGUGCCAAAACUGGGACUGGGAAAACUUUGGCGUUUGGAAUCCCCAUAUUGGAUGCAAUUAUCCGCCACAAUGAGAAGUACAAACCUGGAAAGUUUCCCUUGGCUAUUGUUUUGGCACCAACAAGAGAACUUGCAAAACAAGUUGAGAGGGAAUUCCUCGAAUCUUCCUCCUUGGAAACAAUCUGUGUAUAUGGAGGCACUCCUAUUAACAUGCAAAUGAGGAAACUUAAUUAUGGUGUUGAUGUUGUCAUCGGGACACCUGGACGGGUGAUUGAUCUGCUAAACAGAGGUUCCCUGAAUUUGUCAGAGAUAAAAUUUGUUGUUCUUGAUGAAGCAGACCUGAUGUUGUCGGUUGGUUUUGAUCAAGAUGUCGAGACAAUUUUGGAGAGAGUGCCCUCACAACGUCAAACACUGAUGUUCUCUGCAACAAUGCCGACUUGGAUACGAAAGCUCACACAAAAGUACCUAAAAAAUCCUGUUACAGUAGACCUUGUGGGUGAGGAUGACCAGAAGCUGGCCGAAGGAAUUAGUCUGUAUUCUAUCAGUUCAGAGAAUCGUGAAAAACCUGCUGUCCUUGGACAACUGAUUCAGGAACAUGCUAAAGGUGGUAAGUGCAUUGUGUUCACGCAAACAAAAAGGGAUGCUGAUCGAUUGUCACACACCAUGGGUCGAAGUUUCCAGUGCGAAGCCCUUCAUGGGGAUAUCUCACAAGCCCAAAGAGAGAGAACACUUUCAGGAUUUCGUGAUGGGCGGUUUAAUAUUUUGAUUGCCACUGAUGUUGCUGCUCGUGGAUUGGAUAUCCCAAAUGUAGAUCUGGUGAUACAUUUUGAAUUGCCAAACUCUUCAGAAAUAUUCGUUCACAGGUCUGGCCGAACUGGCCGUGCUGGAAAGAAGGGUACUGCAAUUGCGAUGUACAACUAUCAACAAAGUAGAGCUAUCAGGGUUAUUGAAAACGAUGUUGGUAGCAAGUUCACAGAGCUUCCAAAAAUCAAUGUUGAGGGGUCUGACCUGAUGGGUGCUGGCUUUGAUUCCUUUGGUGGUGGUGGUGGUGGUGGAGGAUUUGGUCGUGAAGGGUAUGGCGGGUCGAACUAUGGGCGCUCACGGAGUUUUGGUGGACGUGGUGGUUUUGGCAACUCGGGCCGAAGCGGCGGGUUUGGUCGAUCAGGAGGUGGAUUUAGCGAUUCUGGAUUUGGCCGCUCAAGCGGUGGAUUUGGUGACUCUGGGUUUGGUCGUUCAGGUGGUGGUGGUGGAUUCGGUGAUUCUGGAUUUGGUCGCUCAAGCGGUGGAUUCGGUGACUCUGGGUUUGGUCGUUCAGGUGGCGGUUUUGGGGAUUCUGGUUCAGGCCGGUCCAGUGUUAAUCGUUCGGGUGGAUUUGGGGAUUCUGGAUCAGGUCGGUUUGGUGGUGGUUUUGGUGGUUCUGGCUCAGGUGGCUUUGGCAGCUUUGGUGAUAAGAAGUCGGGACAAUCUGGUGGCUUUGGCAACUCGUCUUAGUCUCUCAACAUCUGAACUAGGGGAAAAAAAUAACCGCUACUCGCCUACUCUACUGAAUGAAUAUCCUACUGCAGAUUCUGCUGGUGAUUCUUAUAUGACAACACGAUCAGAACAGACAAUGGGAUUGCCUAGUCCAUUGUUUGCUCCCUCUGAAAGCGGCACAAGGCUGAAAUUUCCAGUACAAACAGCAUGCUUAUCCUUGUGGGCGUAGAGGGAAUCAACGAAAGUCAGCAGGAAAUAAUCAGAGUAGUAUUUGUUAUUUUUCUUGUUUUUUUUUUUUUUUGCUCCUGCAAGCUAUAGCUCUAAUCAUACCUGUAAAAUAUGCAGAGGGUCUUCUGCAGAUGCUAUUCUUAUAUCGCUUUUUUGUAGCACGUAUUGUAUGAUGAUUUGGUACUUUGUAGGUCCUAUUGACCAGACUGAUGGUCCCUAUAAGCAUGUCAUAUAUCCGCAUA